CCGCCCCUUGUAAACAGAGAAUGGACGUUCCCUCGUCAGACCACGUGACCACGCCGUAAACCGAGCGACUCUUGUCAGUUACGUAUGCGCAUUUAGUGGCGUUAGUAGUGCCUUUGCUGUUUAGCCUGUUAUUUAGUGACAUUUAUCAAACUUACGUUUAUUCGCGACAAUAAAAACGGAUUACUUGAAAAACAAUUGAAGUACUGUGACGUUUGUGCGGCAAUUGGGUUAAGUGUUAGUACAAGUGUUUAUAACCUAAAAAACUCACGAUGACAACCAGCGUUUACAAGCCCAUCGGUUUUCCACUGUGUAGGAACGUGGACAGGAAAAUGUUUUGCCGUCCAGGGAUACAAAAAGCCAAAAGAGCCUUAUUCGAGGUGGACCACGAAGCCACACAAAAAUUUCUUCAGGAAGAGCUUGAAAAAAUAACAGUAAAUGAGUCAGAGAGAUGGAACUUUGAUUUUAAGCAGGAGCAAACCUUAAAUCCAAAUGGUAAUUUUAUUUGGCAAGCAGUAGGUGCACCCAGAAAAAUCAACAGAGGUAAAAGACCGCAUUCCCCAAAUAAUAUCGAACAUUUGUAUGCACAACCCGAAAUAAUCAGACCAAAGGCAAUCAAACCAAGCAAAUUUGAAGACAGCAAAAGCAAAUUACACGCUACACACCAAAAGUCCAUAAAAGAUUACAUGUGUGUAAAACGACAGAUCAGUACAGAAUCGAAAAAAUCGUCAGAUUGGGAUCGUCCGUCGAAAUUAAUAAAGCUGACCAAUCAGGGAACGAGUUAAACCCCCUCCUUCCCAGAAAAAUACCUUCCACACGCUACAAAUUGUCGAUCUCGAUGAAAUAAAAAGGUUAUUAUUUUAUGUAAAGUACAAUUUUAAGUUUUGUUUCAUAAAGUUUUUUAUUAAUUGUAAGUUUUUUUGUACAGAGUAAGUACUAUUGUGUACUAUAUGUAUUUAUUUAAUUCAUUUGAUCUCUAAAAUCUUUUUUGUUCGGGUUAAUUUUUUAAAAUUAUAAAUGGAUUGGGAUUUUUGAAUCUAGAUUUUUUCGUUUGACUGUUUUUGCCAAAAAACCUCAAAUUAAAGAAUCGUAGGACGUACAAUGUGCAAUUUAGCUGCCUUAGGUGCACAUCACUUUAAAAAGUCUAACGGCAGUUUUUAACGAGUUCUCAAUUUAAAAAUUCCCAUCCAUGGAAAAGCCAAUUUCUUUUGUAAUUUUUUUGGUUGUAAAUUUAUUCGAAAAAUUAUAAUUCAUGUGAUACUUGGGUACAAAUAUAAUGAUAUAUAUUUAUUUAUACAGGGUGUUUGCAAUAAAUUUGGGAAACCCUGUAUAAUAAGUUUAAAAAACAGUGGUGGAAGUAUUCUAAACAGAUUGAUGCUGAUUCUUCAACGAUUUUAACGCAGUAUAAAAUUACAGCCCAAAGACGAGUGUACAAAAUUUUUCCGAAAUUAUUUAUUGUAUAUUUUUUUAAUUUUGCGCCCUAUAAUUUAUAAGUAUUGUUUGUCACACACUAGAGAAAUUUUUAAUGAAUUUCGCGCAUUUAUUUUAGGCAUAGUUUUUUAAUGACAAACAGAAUUUGUGUCCGGUUUGCUUAAAAUCUCGAUUGCUUUUAAAAAAUAAAGAUUUUGAGAUGGAAAACACGGGGCAGCCCAAAAACACCAAAAUCUUUUUGGCCUGCCUCGUCCAAAAUAUAUAUUUAUAACAUCUGUGAUGUAUUAGAUUAUGAUCUCAAAAUAUAAUUUUUAUAUAUUAAUAUAUUUUGUAAAGCCACUUUGCAUCGGUGUCUAUAAUAUACACUUAUUAAAUAAAAUUGCAAAUCGAUUUUGUGAUGUCACAAUACACCGGCGCAACGUUGAUGUUACAUAAAACAGAUUUAAUAAUAUAGACAUGUAAAUUUGUUGUAAAAAUUAACAUAAAAGUAUAUAAGAAGC